UGUUGUUAGCCCGUUACGCGCCACUCUGGGUUGCCAUCUUAACGGACAUGUCGUAUUUCGUUCGCAUAAGAGGUCUUCCGUUCUCGGCAAAUGCAGAGGACAUUAUUAAGUUCUUCAGUGACUCUAGAAUAAGAGGCGGAAAGCGCGGAAUUUACUUCCCUCAAGGACCUAAUGGUCGUUCCAAUGGAGAAGCUUUCAUUGAACUAGAAACUAAAGAAGAUAAGGAGAAGGCCAUGGCACGUCACAACGAACACAUGGGGCGUCGAUACAUUGAAGUAUUCGAUUCCUGUUCAGAGGAAUUAAAUAGUGCCAUGGGGAGUAGAUCUUUCGACUCACCCAAUCGGAGGGAGCAUGUUGUCAGGUUACGUGGUCUUCCUUACGAUACAGAAAAAAAAGAGAUCUACGCAUUUUUUAAUGGUCUGGAAAUAGCUCCCAACGGUAUCGGGUUAUUGGUGGAUCACAUGGGUCGUUGCACGGGGGAAGCGUAUGUUCAAUUCACGUCUUCUGAAAGUCUAGCACGGGCAAAGGAGAAGCAUAUGGAGAAGAUAGGGCACAGGUACAUAGAAAUAUUUGAAAGUACGAUGAUGGAAGCAAAUAUGACUAUACAACGCCAGAUGGAAAUAAAUAGAAACCGUGGUUCGGGUGGGGGACCGAUGUAUGGUCGUGGAUAUCGUGAUGGUCAUCCUAUGGGUUACUAUGGAGGUCCCAGAGGAGGAGGGUAUGAUGCACCUCCAUUUGGUCCAAACGGUCCGGGUUCUAACCGAGGUCCACCUUCUGGAAGAUUUGCGCCGUAUGGUCGACCACCACAUCCGUCUAGCCAUCCUGAAUACAGUUCACCUACUAGAAGUUACGAAGGACCCAUCAAAGGACCUAAUUAUGGACCAUCUAGUCAUUUUGAAACUGAUGAUCCACAGAGCUCAACUGGGCAUUCCGUUCGUAUGCGAGGCCUGCCGUAUGCAGCAACAAGAGAAGAUAUCGAUCGUUUUCUUGCCCCGCUACAAGCGGUCAACAUUCGGAUGCGUUUUAAUGCCGCUAACCGGCCUACAGGUGAAGCAGUCGUAGAUUUCGCCAGUCACGAUGAAGCGAAAGAAGCAAUGAAGAAGGACCGCGAAAAAUUGGGUCUCGUUAUAUCGAGCUUUUCUUAGCAUCCACACCUAAAGGAAUAUCUCCACCGCGUGUGAAUAAUGGUGCUCCUCCUCCUCCUCACCGGUCAUCCCCUGUCUACAACAACAGGAGUUUCCAGGGCCCACCAUAUGGUGGUGGUAGUUUUUCUCUCCACCAAUACGAAUAUGAUGAUGUGCAUUAUCGAGAAGAUAUGGGACGCAAUCCAGGUCCAGGUGGCUCCGAAUAUAACCAGCGAUACGACAACUCGUAUAGCGGAACAGGUAUGAGAAGAUCGCUAGGGUCUUCAGGUGAUGGUUAUUCGGACUGCAGGUAUCGUCAAGGAAAUCGCUUUUGGUCUUGAAAUACUCUUUCCCAUUCUUUUUAUGAUUAGAAUAAUAAAUGUUUUCAUAAAAACUUAAGCUGUUUGCUUUCAGUCAUUUUAAGUGUAGCGUUAGCUAGCAAUUAAAACGACUGUGUCAGAAGUGAUUUAGUACAGAAUGUAUAAUGUUACAAAGGGCACUCAGGUACUGUGUGUACUAGGCAAUGCGCCAAACCUUAUUGUGUGAGGGCUAGUGAUACUACCUGCUUACCCAAACCUCGGUAGGUUGAGCGGAGCUGGAAUCCGUGACCCAGUGGUUGAUAGUCGUCUCUCUAAACCACUGUGUCACACUCCUACUAUAUAUCGUUGCGCUUCAAAUUCACUGAGAAUGCUCUUUAGACGUGUAUCACGGUUAGUUUUUGUGUUCAUUGGUUCUAGAGGUGAAUUGCCCAUGACUAAUAGGACUCCUCAAUUUUAGUGCCGUUUCAACACUUGUCAUGACUUACUAAUUAAUGAAUCCUACCUAUUUGGUACAGCGAAAUAUGUCAGUCAUCGUUGUUUUAACUUAGGCUGACUUUUGAAAGUUUUGUUUUGUAGCAGCUUGUGUAUUGCAUCGUAUACUCCUUAUAGAUCAGUCAGUUUCUGAGGAAUCAAUAUCUAUCUCUAAAACAGUUGAGAAUUUCACCAAG